AUGCACAAAUCCGCAAAAGGGAAUACACAUACAUCUAUGGUAUUCCACAGUGGAAGAAUUGAUAAAGAGAAUUUUAUAUCCAGUAGAGAGGCAACACAUAACAAUGGAGCCGCACAUCCCGAUAAGAAUGAAUGUAUGAACAAAUCUCCUCCUACAGACACCCAGAAUCAAACUAAAACCAAAGAUGCUUUUGAUAAUUUGAUGGUCAAAGUGAAGAACAUCAUUUCGGUUUUGGACACUCCAAUAGUUAUGAAUAAUAACUCUUGUUAUAGAACAGAGUUUUUUUCCCAGCCAGAAACUUUUAACCCAAUGAACAAGAGGAUUAAGCUUGAACGGCCAAUUUCUCACAUGAGUGCACCUGCAAGUCAUGACCAUGUCAAUGUAGUAAUUGAUGUUGAUGAAAUACAGAAUAAAGAUUUUACAUCUCACGAAAGUUCUCGUCAGAAUGCUAAGGUCUCAUGUGAUCAGAUAUACAACAGGAAGAACUUCCCUUCUUCUGAAAUCAGAAAAAAGGUCGACACAGGAGGAGUCAAUUUUGUGGGAAAUAAACCAAUCAAUAUGAGCACUAAGACCAUCACAAUUGGUACUCCACAAUGUAGUACUGAAGCAACAUCUCAGUUUCAUGUAACUGAUGAAGAAAGGCGUUACUAUGACAUAUUUUGUGGUCUUGCACGUAGCCAAUGGAAGUGGUAUGUAUUUUUUUUUUCAGCUUUCCUGCUGUCAAAUUUCUCAAGACAAGCGUAA